AUGUGGUCAACAGCGAGAGAGGUAGCCGCCGGCGACACCGUCAUCAUCUGGCUCACCCGAGACCAGGUCCAGCCGCUCGUCGUGACACCCGGCAAGGACUUCAACACCAAGUUCGGCAACUUCAGGCAGGCAGACUUUGUGGGCGUGCCGUACGGGUCCAAGGUCGCCUCCCGCACAGGCCGCGGCUUCAUCCACAUCCUCCGCCCCACACCCGAACUAUGGACCAUCGCGCUGCCGCACCGCACGCAGAUCUUGUACCUGGCCGACAUCGCGUUCAUCACCGCCGCACUCGGCCUGCGCAGAGGCUCCAAGGUCAUCGAAGCAGGCACCGGGUCUGCAUCGUUCUCGCACUCCGUAGCGCGGACCGUCGGCGCGAGCGGGCGUCUGUGGUCGUACGAGUUCCAUGAGGCGCGGUAUCGGAAAGCAAAGUGA